CAGCUAAAGAAGAGAAAGCGAGUAGAGCCCGGAGGUAGAAUGCCAGAGCUAAAAGUCGAAGGAGCUGGUAAAGGUGAAGAGGAAACAGAGCAGCAGAUAUGCAUUGCCUGCGCUUCGGAGGUUACGCAGUCGAGUUCCCGCCGUCAGAGGAAACUUUCGCGACGGAGAACAAGUUUCCGUUCCACUACACAGAAGACGAAAGUGACGAGGAGAGUGAUGGAGAAGCAUUCGAUCCACUGUGGGAGGUGCCAGACCAACUAGUAAUGCCAAAGACCAAGAAGCUGCACGCGAUUAUAGAGGCUACAGCUAACAAGGUGCAGGGUCAUCCGCAACUGGAAUCUAUGCUGAAGAUCAAGCUCGGAGACAACAAGAAGUUCCGAUUUUUAGGUGCCUCGCACGGGCUUCACGCCCACAAUUUCUCCUUGCGCGACGAAAACCCUCAACCUACAUCAAAGAAAAGUGCAGUCAAUGUUUCGCUGUUAGGAGACGAGUAUACGGAACCACUACACUCGAAAAUGUGUAACAAACUCGAUUUCUGUGUGCCCUUGUGA